AUGCUGAUAUCGUUCUGCUCUUUCGGGAUGUGGAAUGUGGUACUUCGAGACGACAUACGUGACGGUUAUACGGCUUAUGAUGCGAGAUCACGCUAUGAAGCACAAGUGGCUCGAAUAUUUUACGGUCAUAUAGAUGACCCGAUGAUGACUUACUUGAUAUUAAUGGCAAGAGAUAAUGGAAGUAUGCAUCGAAAAGAGUACCUUGAUGAAGCUGACGAUAUCAUAAGUAGUGUCCAGAAUAUAACAAUGAAAUAUGGAGAACGUCGUUUGAUCUAUCGUCAAAUGUGCGAACCACAUUGUUUUGGGGAUGAAAUUUUCAAACAAUUCAAGGUUUGCGAGUAA